AUGUCGAACUACUUUCUCAUUUGCGUUCUCACUAUAUCUCUUUUCGUGGCAGUAGUAGCUACCGCCAUUGAGUCGUCGUCGGAGCUGUCUGUCCCCGCCGGCUGCCCUGUGCCGGACCCUAGACUUAAUUACCGGCCAGUGAUCGGGAUUGUUAGCCAUCCCGGUGACGGAGCCUCGGGUCGAAUAGUUAAUUCCACGAGCGUUUCCUACAUUGCUGCUUCGUAUGUGAAGUUUGUCGAGUCGGCUGGUGCUAGGGUCAUUCCACUUUUGUUUGAGGAUUCUCCUCAAGUUCUCAAUCAAAAACUUAAUCUAGUUAAUGGCGUGAUCUUCCCAGGAGGAUGGGCCAAGAAGGGUAAAUAUUUUGAGACUAUCAAAGCAAUUUUCAAGAAAGUUUUGGAGAAGAAUGAUGCCGAUGAACAUUUCCCUCUCCUCGCCAUCAACCUCGGAUUUGAGCUUUUGAUGAUGAUCGUCUCUAAGGACAACAAUAUUCUUGAGAAAUUCAGUGUAUCAAAUCAGGCAUCUAAACUUCAUUUCGUGGAAACCGUGAAUAUUGAAGAUACAGUAUUUGGGAG